UACAUUUAAUUAAAAACGUCAGAACAAAAAUUAGUAGCAUUGCAUUUUAAUUAAAAGUUAUGCUUAUAACGCAAUUUAAUCGUCAUUGCCCUGAAUGCAAAUUAAAAAAAUACGAAAAAAAACGUUCUUAAUUACAUAGACUGAGUUGGAUUUACUAUAGUAAAUAAAAUUAAAAAUGAAACAUUAAUUAAUAUUUAUUAUUAUUAUAAAAACAAAAACAAUAACGAAAAACACAAAUUAAAAUAUUGGCGAUACUUUGUAUUGGGGGCGAGGAAUAAGGUACAAAUAAAAAAAAUUUCAAGAGACGUGCGUCCAUCUUUAGUGCCUUUGCUUUACCGCAGAAUAUGAUACCUUAUUAACCACAAAGAAAAUCAAAUGAAGUGUUUAAAGAAACUCAAAUAUAUUACUAACUAAAUUAUAAAUAAGAAAUUAAACAAUAAAAAAGAGUUAACAUUCAACAAUUUUAAUAUUUAAAUAAUAUAUAUUCAAUGAACGUUUUAAUAUCAAUAAAUCAAGUAUAAAAUGCAUUGAAUGUGAUAAAAUCAAACUGUCACCUAAGACAGCAACAGCAACAGCAACAGCUACAGCAACAACAACAAUAACAAUAACACGAACGUUAACAACAAUUAGGCAUCAAUUGCCAGAAUCGCCAUACAAACAAUAACAAUAAUAACUAAAUAAAUUACAAAAAAAAAAAAUAAAAUAAAAAUAAAAAAAAUACCGAAGAAGUUAGGAGCCAAAGAAUACUCGUUUCUAUAAUUCUACAAUCGAAUCGACCGCAGCUAUGAAAUCAAUAUGCAAUGAAGCAAAACAGCAUCUCAGCAACUGCGUACUCCACGAUUACUUGGACGAUAAUGAUCUGCUAUCACCCACUUUAGGCUAUAAUAGCAACACUUACAGCAGCGGCAGCGGCAGCAACAACAACAACAGCAGCUUUAAUCAUAACAAUAACCACAACAACAGCGCUAAUCACAAUGAACACAAUAAUCACAGUUACCUUGCCGCUACAAUAACAGCAGCCACAACGACGAGCACCUAUGACACAUUGCAGAGACCGUUUAAGCAUGACAAGAGGCGUGGACGUUGGUCUACGGCAGCCGAUUUUUAUUUUGCUUGCACGAGCCAUGCUUUUGGUUCGAUAAUCUUUUCGGAAUUGCCCGUUUAUGGACUGCUAUUUGGCGGAGUUUAUUUCUUGGCUUCUUAUAUUGUUGCUAUUCUUCUAUAUGCCAUUCCGAUAUUUAUUAUACAGACUUUUCUGGGUCAAUUUUCGACCUCUGGCACAAUAUCAGCAUUUCGUGUAGCACCCAUUUUUAAGGGUAUUGGAUACUCCAUUUUACUAUUGAACUUAACCUCACUUGCUUAUUACGCUGUGAUAGCGGCCGUGCCAUUUAUAUACGCUGCCUAUUCUCUGAACACUGUGAUACCAUGGAUGAGUUGUAACAAUAUUUGGAACACCCCAAACUGUUCUAUGCACUCUGUUUAUGUUGUAGAGGACGAAUUUCAAUACUCUCAUGCGACUGUGGAAUUUUUUCGAUACAUUAUUAGUACCUCCAAUGAUGGAGGAUCAUAUUUUGUCAUAUCUUGGCCUGUAACCAUAGCAGUGCUUGGUAUAUGGUUAGUUACAUUGGGUAUACUGCUGAAGCGUGUGUCGUUCAUCGGUAAACUCUUUCGUUGCGUAUGCAUUCUGAUGCUCUCUUUCUUUAUUGCAAUCUUCGCGCAUCUUCUUUUAUAUGUCAAUAUUUCAUGGAGUACCCUAUUCAGCUAUUUUCGUCCAUUUUCGUCAAGAACUUAUGAUGCAAUUUUGAGUAGUGGACGUGCAGCUAUUUUUAUGGCGACUUGGCUUUUGGGCCCUGGCUGGGGAAGUAUCUUAACUUUGGCCAGCCAUAAUAAUUUCCGACAUGAUAGUGAAAAACUAACAUACUGGGUGAGUGUAACUCACAUUGUAUUGGCGGUGCUGGCUAUGAUAUGUGGACGCAUUGCUUUGGAUCAUUUUGAGGAUCAUGUGGGUAUGUUCCAUUACCACGUGGAAGAGGAACAUUAUAUGCAAUUUUUGUAUCUUUGUUUCGCCUAUUUAUUCGGCAGCUUUACUAGUCUUCCAAAUUUUUGGAGCUUUUUGUUUUUCGCCAUGCUUUUCAUUGCGGAACUAAGUGCUUUGAUAAUUCAAAUGAUGUCUGUCCUAACAGCAAUAUUCGACGAACACGAAAAAUUAAGAACGAAAAAAUCUACUAUCACAAUUGGGCUGGUACUCAUGGCAAUGGCAGUUUCGGUCUAUUUUUGCACAAAGCAAGGAUUUGCGCAUCUCCACAUUCUGCCCACCUUGGCGCUAUUGACACACGUGACCAUAUCAAUUGUACUGCUGCUGAUGACUUGUUGGAUUUAUGGGCGUGAACGAUUUCAGUGCGACUUACAGUUCAUGCUCGGCAAAACUAUUUCAAAUUUUAAAAUUUUUUUGAUAAGAUUUGUGACUCCAGCAUUUCUGGUGAUAAACAUAUUUCAGAUACUAUUUCUGCUGGAGCAAGAGGAAUCUGCAUCAGAGCUUGUUAUCAUCAGCCAAGUGAUUGUGUAUGUAACAGCCGCGAUGUACAUGAUCUACAAGUUGUGUCAAACCACAGGGUCACUGCGCAAUAGACUGAAGCAGUGCUUCGAGCCACAUGAUUGGCAUCCAGUCGAUGCUGAUAAUCGUCGCUUCUACGAGGAAGUGAUGGGAACCUCUGAAAUGUUGGUCAUCGACACGACUUAAAUGUGACAUUGCGAUUAUUGUUUUGAGUGCAGAUGUAUGCCGAUUUAUAUGCGUUAUAUGUCAGUAUGUCGUUAUGUGUUUGUGUGUUUGUUUCUUUGUUUCGUGUGUGGAUUUCAAUAUCUCAAUUGAAAUUGUGCUCGUUUGAUGCUGAUUAUAAAAAGUUUUACUCAACGUUAAUUAUAUUUAUAUCAACAGAUACUCAUAUUUAUAUAUUUAUGGAAAACAAAUUAAAUGAAAUUAUAUUUUGACCAAUUAAAAUAGACUCCGUGUAAAAACCUACUGCAUUAUAAA